AUUGACGUUUGACAUAACCUAAAUAAACAUUAAAUUUAUUGAUAGAAAUUAUGUGAUUUUUGUAUUUUUAAACAUUUAUAAUGGUGAGAUCAUGUUCGGUUUCUGGUUGUAAAACGCAAUUUACAAAAGGAACAAAGUUUCACAAAUUUCCUAAAGAUCCAACGUUAAGAAAUCAAUGGAUUGAAGUUAUAGGAAGAAAAGGUUUCAUUCCUUCUGAGUCAGAUAUAAUUUGCAGUAUUCAUUUUACAAAUGAAGAUUACACCAUAAAUUCAUUUGGAAAUAAAGUCUUAAAGAAAAAUGUUCUUCCAUCAAUGUUUGAUGUGUCCAUCACAGAAGACACAGAACCUAAUAUUGAAACUGAGUCUUUGACAAUAGAAACUAUAACCGCUUGCAAUUCCAAUGAUGAAGGAACUAUCACUGCAUACAAUUCAAAUGAUGAAGAUACAAUUAGCUUAUGCAAUUCAAAUGAAGAAACUGUAUCAGCUUUUGAUUCCAAUGAUGAAGGAACUGUUUCAAGUUGUGAACUAGAUGAACUAACAGUACAAGGAAAAUCUACUGUGGUAAUAUAUGAAAAUGGAAUUAAUUUAGAGGAGAAUAAUCUGAAAGGUGGAGAAAAAAUCGAAAUAGUUAAUGUAAGUGAUGAAAAUCAAGCGAUAAUUGAAGUUGACAAAAUUUUUCAUAAAAACGAAAAUGUUGAUAUGACUCCUGUUAAAAGAAAACGACCAUAUCGUCAGUAUCGUUACAUUGGAGAUUUAAAAAAUGUUGAUUUUACAUCUCCCGAUGAAGCAAGAAGAUGUCUUGAAUUAGCUUUAGGCUGUGUUGAUAACCAAAAAUUAAAAAUCAAACGAUUACGACAACAAGUUAAAAACACUAACAAAUUUAUUUUACAAACUGAAUUUGAAAUGCAAAGAAUGUUAGAAAAAAAAGUUAUGGAAAUUUGAUUUUUUUAAUUGGUUUAUUAAUGUUUUAAUGUUACAA